UUCGCCGCGAGUGGUUCUCUCUAGUGUGAUUGUGCACCAAUUGAGUUUUCUUCGAGGUUACAUCGAUCACCAUGGCAACGGAUAUGUUUAGCCGGUAUCUUCUGGGACGCCCUCAGUCGCCUCCACCGUUCUGCAAAACCUACAUGACGACAAGUCUCCCUGUACUUCCUCCACGACGUUUGGAUACACUGUCGGACGGUUGUCAUACUCCAAGCCCUGAGAGUCUACGAUCUCCCAGUCCCACAGACCUUCUACACGUUCACCGAGCCUUCUCAGAUCUUCCUCGUAAACAGUACGCUUCUCUACUUCCAUCAGAGGCUAUACAUUCACCGUAUCCUGACGUGUUUGUACCUGUGAAAAGCGAGCGUCUCGAGCCUCCGAAGAUCAACGCACCGGACGAUAACACGUUACUAGGAGGUGGACGAACUCCCUGUUACGAUGAUGAGGAGGAAGAUGACUCGAGUGUGUUCUCCAGUGGCGAGGAGUCAUCCUCUUCGAAGACCCGCUGCCGACGGACCUCCCCCGGGAAGACGGCCAGCCCCGGUGUGCUACGCAAACGACGCCUAGCAGCCAACGCCCGGGAGCGGCGUCGCAUGCAGAACCUGAACAAGGCCUUCGACCGCCUCCGUCACGUCCUUCCCUCCCUCGGCAAUGACCGACAGCUCUCCAAGUACGAGACAUUGCAAAUGGCGCAAACCUACAUCAAUGCCCUCUACGACUUGCUACAGUGAGUAAUCCUCCAACUAUAUUGUAAAUAUUUAUAAUUGAACCAGUGAUAUGUACAGUGAUUGUAGGUUAUUCGGUUUCGAUUGCAACACCAAAUAUUCAAAAACAUCAAAAGACAAUUUUCGUAUUACAGUAUUGUCUCAUUUCUAUCCAAUAUAUUGAAUGAUUCACAUAAAAAGCAUAUCCAAUAAUAAUGAUUUCAUAACAACCUAUAAUGAUCAGACACCAUAAAAAUUUUCAAGUUUUCAUAUAUGAAAAUACAAAUCAUUGAAUAAUAAUAAAUCAUUCAAUAAUAAUACAAAUAAUAUGAAAAUACAAAUCAUUGAAUUCAGAGAAAUUUUCUUGUAAACAAGGCAAUAUGAAUUAAAAAGUAUUGAUGAUUCAAUUAUUACCUUAUGAUCUUCUUCUUUAGCUUCAAUCAUUCGAUUGGUAGGCAGUUAUCCUUAUGAUAGAGAACUUGAAAAUCGAAAGUCGUUGAGUUCAAUAAUGUAGAUUUUUUCACAAAAAAUUAAUAAAUUCUCAAG